AACAUUAUUCCCUCUCCUCAUGGCAACCCCAGAGAGAGAAUCAGUAAACAGAGCUCUCUCCCUCUCUCUGAUCAUCAAGAACAAGAACUCAGUUCAACUAAUGUGUGUGUGUGUGUGUGUGUUGUGUGAUUUGGUAAAAGAAGACUAGUGGACAAAGAACCAUCUCACCAGAGAGCAGUGGGGCUUUCAAGAUAGAUACAUAGAGAUGGACACAAUCCUCUGCGACGAGCUCCUCCAAGAAACCUUCCUCCGCCUCCCUCCCACUUCUUCCUCCGCCGUCUCCCUCGUCUCCAAGCGGUGGCUCCGCCUCUUCCGCUCCUCCAUCUCCCGCCUCUCCCUCCAUCUCUCCCCUCACAACUCCACCCCACCCCUCCUCUCCUCCUUCCUCUCUCACUUCCCCUUCCUCUUUUCCCUCUCUCUCACCACCGCCGCCGACACUUCAACCUUCUCCGACCUCCUCCUCCUAUCCGCUGCCUCCUCUUGUCCCAAUCUCCGCCACAUCCAACUCUUGAACAGCCCCGUCUCUCUCUUCCCUCUGCUUUCUCUCUCUACCUCCUGCCCUCACCUGUGUUCUCUCUCUAUCGCCCUCUCUAGACCCCUCUCUUUCCACUGGCUCCUCUCUUUCCACUCUCUGAAAGACCUCUCGAUCGUCUUCAACACUGGACAAUUCGAUUCAUACAAACUCAAUUCGACCGAUUCAGCGAUCGGAAACACCGAAACCGAACUUCAAUUAGAAACCCUAGGCUUGUCCGGGAUUCAACACUGCGAUUACGGCCUCAGUUGGCUCUGGAGGAGUUGUAAACAGCUCAAGAAACUCCAAUUGCGAAGCUGCUAUGCAAUCGGCGAUGAAUCAUCACUCUCAUCGUUCGUCGAAUGCUUAAUUGGUCUCCAAGAAGUGGAAUUGUGGACAUGUAGGGCGAUAAUCGACGAGGUUUUAUCAAAAUUAGCUGAGAAUUGUACAUCUUUGAAGUGUCUCUCCGUAUACGACGGGGGUAGUAGACAGGGUUUACUUCAAUUCAUCACUCAAAGCCAGUGUAAUUUGCAAAAACUCAAUUUCCGAUUACCCCUUGACCUCCAAAACAAUCAUUUAAUGGCUGCUGCAGAGAAUUUCAGGGGAUUAACGAGUCUCAGGCUCCAAAGCUGUUGUCUUGUUACCGGUGAAGGUCUUAAUAGUAUCGGCAUAGCCAUGAGUGAUCAGAUUGAAGAAUUGGCAUUGAUAAACUGUGAUGUGGUUGAAAGAGAACCCGGGUUGCUGACCACAUUGGGACAGAAUUUGAGGCGGUUAAGGAAGUUAGAUUUGUCUUACAAUGAGAUGUUGUUCGAUAAAGAGCUCGUGUCAAUGCUCUUUUCGUGUAGUUAUUUGAGCGAAUUGAAGUUGAGGGGUUGUAAAGGAUUGACUAAUGUAACCAUGGUUUCGAUGUUCAAGAGCUGUAAGUAUUUGGAGAGUGUCGACAUAAUGUAUUGUUGUGGGAUUGAGGCAGAGGCCAUUGAGUUGUUUGUUCUGAAUUUGCCGCGGUUGAGGCAGUUGCAGGUCGAGGAAAGCAAGAUUAUGUGGGCUUCAAAAUAAGGUCAUCGAGAUGAUUUGAAUGUGGGAAUUCAUUCAGAGAAGGGGCAAUUUAUUUUGAUAUGCAAAUUGCAAAUUUGUAGAGGUAACUGUCCCAAGUACUAUUUCAUGGGUCAAUUGUAAAUGUUUCUAAUUUAUGUUGUGGUUAUGAGACUGUUUAUACCAUUGUUGAAUAUCCCAAUAAUAUAGGCAUUGCAUCAACAAAAAUAUGAAUUGUAAUG